AUGGCGCAAGGCCACGACACAGCGGGGCCAAGCUCGCCUCCUGCUCCGCGCACGAGGAAGCCUGGCGAGGUACGAUCACGCAGCGGAUGCAUCACCUGCAAGCAGCGCCGCAAGAAGUGUGACGAGGACUUUCGCAUUCGUCACAACGGCGCAACAUCCUGCAAUCGAUGUGCUGACCGUGGUAUCCACUGCGAGCUCAGUUCGAACGCUACGCCGCAAAGAGCUACGCCGCAGCAGCAGCGACAACGUCCGUCUCCUUAUCCCACUUCCGGAGCAGCCGACACUUCCUCUCGAGCUGCGCGCGGUGUCGGUGCUGCCAGCAAUGCUCAUCACGCUGAUGUGUCAUCCGCAGCAACAACCACUUCGGCUGCUCCGCUAGGCUCCAACACCUUCGACGCAUCGGCCAACGCGUAUGCUUCCAUCUUGGAUCCAACACAGUCUUGGAACGCAUCGGCUCACUUUUCUUUGCAGCAAGCUCCGCAGCAACAGCUUCCCAAUGUUGCCACUUUCCCCAGCCUGCAGAACCCCGCCAUCGCCAACCAGCUAGCAUGGAUGAGCCAAAACAACACCGUCUUGAACCGAUCGGCGGUUCGAUAUAAUCGGCCCAAUAUUUGGCCGUCAGGCUCCACCAACGGUGCGGUCGAUCCAGCCAUUGCCGCUGCCACAAUCGCGAACCAAACCGCCAAUGCGUCAGCCCCGACGAAUUCCGUCGACAUGAAUGCCAUCUUGAACAUGCUCAACAGCAAUGCCGGUGCAGUCCCAUCUGCGCCAGGUUCCAGCCAAUGGAAUCAAGGAUACACCAACAGCAUGGACAACAUCAUGCUCGACGACUUUGUCAGCGAACUCAUGAGCCUCACCGGUCCUCUGGUCGGUACAGAUGGCGGCGCCACAGCACCGCAAACCUCGAACCCCACUCCCUCCGCGGCUGGCUACUCGUCGUCUCCUCUCGAAACACACAACGCACCCAUGUCCACCCAAGAGCCAUCGCACGUGGCCACAUCGGCACCAGGCGCACAGAGCAAGAACGGCGAGCCAACAGCGUCAUCCUCUGCUUCCCAAACGAGAGCUGCUGGACCUAGCAGUGAAACCCCUGCUUCAGCACAGUCCAAAACCGGCCAAGGUAAAGCGCCCACACCUGGACGGACCUCAAGCCGCUACCGCAAGCUCCUCGACUCAGACGCCAUCGACUCGCUCCUCAGCAAGUACAGUCCCAUUUACGAGCGCUUCUGGCAUGCCACGCUCAUGCUUCUCUCCAAUAAGAAGCGGCAGGCCGCCGUGGACCACCUGAUGAGCGUCAUUCGUUCCAGCAAAGCAUGUCGAGCAUCCGUCGUGGUCGUCUGCUUGUCGUAUCACGAACUGGUGCAGCGCGUCAAAGCAGACUCGCAAAAAGCCAAUCCAAAACCGCCAGCUCAGCAGGCCAAGAAUGCAGCGCCCAACUGGACCACCCUCGCCACCGACACUGUACACAACGGCAAAGCUGCUGCACAACCGUCCGGAGAAGGCAUGUCUCAAACUAUCGUCGAUAUGUUCCCGGGCGACGAGGACGACGACGACGAUGACGACUCGCAGUCCAUCCGUUCCGAUGUCGCAGAGGACUCGAACGACGAAGACAUGACUCACUCGCGCAUGGACGACGACGAUGACGCCGAUGACGAAGACGACGAGCCCGAAGAAGAGAUCAGCACCAUCGAGCGUCGACGCAGUGGUGACAGGUCCUACUUGUCCGCUCAGGGCAAGGUCAGUGCGGAGCGCUACGGAGCCACCAGCUUCUCUCGUCGAAGUGAUCCCAAUGGACGAUCUCCACUUCCACCCGCGCGCACUCUGACGGGCAAGCUGUCCACCGUCGAGGACAAGAUCCAAGAGAUGGAAAAUCCGUCACGUGACGCGUUCAAGGGCCAGAUAGUGGAAGAGCCUACCGUCGAGCUGUGGUUCGACAUAGCCAAAGCCGAACUCGAGCGCAGUAGAGAGGACUUGACGCUGGACCAGGAGCUGUGCGCCAUCAUCAACUUGCGCUGGGCGUGUCUCUGUUUUGCCGGCGCCGAGAGGGCUCGUCAGCUCACCCAGGAGCUGGGCAAGGUCAUGCAGCGUGAAGGCAUUGACAUGGAUCAUGCAGCGGAAGAAGAAAAGAAGGGCUCGUUUGUAUCAAUCAUGCUGCUGACAGCUGUCUACACGGACGUGCUCGACACGGUCUCGGACCGAGGCAAACGGACGCACGUCACUACUCGGGACGUGUCCAAGCGCAAACCUGCCCAGCUAUCGAGGCUUCGACGCACUAGCAACCAGGCAGGUGGCGAGGAUGCCUCGACGAGCAAGGACGAGCCGUUCUUCGGCAGGAUCUCGCUUGUCUCGUUGGAGCUGCUGACGUGCUUCAAGCUGAUCUCGGACCUGUCUGCGGAUGUCUGGGGUCCGAUCAGCAGCACGGUGGCCCAGCCGAGUCGCCCUUCAGAGACCGAAGUAGCCGAAAGGUCACGCGAGAUCGAACGCAAGGUCAUGUCUCUGCCGCCCUGGACCGACCCCAACACCUCUUCGUCGUUGCGUGUUCGAGCCUUUGCGCUGCAAGAGAUCUGGCGUCAGACCGCGCGGCUGUAUCUCCUGCAAGCCGUGCACCGUCGGGGCCCGCUGCAUCCGGAACUGCAGAACAUCUUGCACGAGAUCAUUCGUUUGGCAAAGAUGAUGAAGAUCCAAAGCUUCUCGCCCAUCGCACCCAUCUUCACCGACGCGCCCCUCGCAGCCGGUCGCAAUUCCGGCAGCGCGACCUCGCACCGUCCCGCCCCGCCGAACUACGUCGGCGGCCUGCGCGCCUCCGACCCCACCAACGAUGUCCGCGAUGCCAACCACCCCGAUCCCGUCAUCAACGCCACCUUUGGCAUAGACGAAGACGAUCCCGCCUUGCUCCAAUCAGCCGCCAACGAAGACGACACCGCCGGACCGGGUCCGUUCCAAAUGUGGCUCGAUGUGGCCAGCUGGGAGAUGUGCACCGUGUGGUUCUUGUGUUGCACUGUGGCGCUGACGCGCGCCGACCGGCAGUUCUGCAUCCACCAUCUCGAGAGUUUGGGGCUGGAGAGGGCGAACAGGGACAACAUCCAGGUGGUGAGGGACUACUGGGCCAAGAUGGACUCGACUGGGCAUACUGUGGAUUGGUUCGACUUUGUCAAGGGCAGUGGGAGGAGCGUUAUCUUUGCCUUUUGA